AUGCUACGUUCUUGCACCAUUUGGGCCUACAAAAAUGGUUUACCAGGAUAUGUGCGUUACAAGUCCUCUUUUGCUGCUGCUUUGGAGACCGCAGCUAGGUUAGUAACACCCAAAAGUUUAUUGAACAACCCGAUUUCGUUAGUUUCCCAAGAAAUGAGCACAUUGGCUAAAAAUAUUGUGGCAUUGAUGGGGUCUGGUCAUCCCACCUUAAACAGAGUUACUGGCUACUACUUUGAAGCCGAGGGUAAGAAAGUUCGUCCCAUGCUGGUUCUUUUACUUUCUCGAGCCCUUGCCGAAAUUCCAUUAACGGAGAGGAACAAAAUCAAGGUUGACUAUUCGGAUGUCCCAGAGGACCCCGUUUACUCUAAACCUCCGCAGUCUCUACUAUUUCAGCAUCCCGCCAGAAACAUAUCGCCGCUGCAUAUUCUUCAUGGAAUAAAGCCCCUAAAUCCAUUGACAAAAGGGCCAGAGCCCUUGCCCGAGGAAUUCGAUAAGGAGAGAGGAAUUUUACCAAAACAAAGAAGGCUAGCAGAAAUUGUUGAAAUGAUACAUACUGCAUCCCUUCUUCAUGACGACGUCAUCGACUACUCUGACAGUCGGAGAGGCCGCGCAAGCGGCAAUGUAGCCUUCACCAACAAAAUGGCCGUUUUAGCAGGAGACUUUUUACUCGGAAGGGCUACAGUUUCUAUAUCUAGACUUCGAAAUCCUGAAGUUGUGGAGUUGGUUUCCAAUAGUAUCGCAAAUUUAGUUGAGGGUGAGUUUAUGCAGCUAAAAAACACUGCAAUUGAUGAUGAUGUUACCACCAUUUCUAACGGAACGCAAAAAAUUCCUCCACCUUCUCAGAAGUUAAUGAAUACCGUUCAUGAAUAUCGUGUUCCAGUUGAAACUAGCCAGCUUCCGCAGUCCAUUGUAGCCACGGCUUUUGAGUACUAUCUCCACAAGACAUACCUUAAGACAGCCGCUUUGAUUUCUAAAUCAUGUAGAGCAGCCGCUAUAUUAUCGGGUGCCCAAGAAUCCGUUGUCGAUGAGUGUUACAAUUUCGGGAAGAAUCUGGGAAUCUGUUUCCAGUUGGUGGAUGACAUGCUAGACUUCACUGUAUCCGCGAAAGAACUAGGAAAGCCUGCGGGUGCAGAUUUACAGCUCGGAAUUGCAACGGCUCCUGUGCUUUACGCUUGGAAAGAGGACUCGUCUCUUGGACCCCUCAUUCAACGUAAUUUCUCUCAACCAGGCGACGUUGAAAGAGCAGCUGAGGCGGUUGCUACUCACGAUGGUGUGAUGAAAACACGGGAGCUUGCUCACGAAUAUAGGGAUCGUGCGCUUGCUAAUCUUCGUAAUGCCCUCCCCGAUUCAGAUGCCCGCUCCGCCCUGGAAUUCUUAACUAACAGCAUUCUGACCAGACGUAAAUGA